AUGUCGUUCAAACUCGACACCCUUCCUUCACCAAUCUCACCGGCCAAACCAUACUUUGACUUGGGCACUCACAGCUUUCCUAUCAGUACUAAAAGCCAAGAUGCUCAGAUAUGGUUUGACCGUGGCCUUAUCUGGUCGUACGCAUUCAACCACGAGGAGAGCUUCAACUGCUUCAAGCAAGCUCUUGCCCACGACCCCACCUGUCCAAUGGCCUACUGGGGGCUCAGCUAUGCCACUGGGCCUAAUUACAACAAGACUUGGCAGCUGUUCGAUUCGACAGAUCUCAGGAAUAGCUUCAAGAUUUGCUAUUACACAUCGAGGAAAGCUGAGGAGUUAGCCGACCAAGAGAAUAUCAAGCCAGUGGAGCGAGCUUUGAUCAAAGCAAUCCAAACCCGCUUUCCCGUCAACGAGCCGGUUUCUGACUUUUCACCUCUUGAUAAGUCCUAUGCCGCUGCUAUGGAGGAAGUCUUCGAACAGCACCGGGAAACCCAUGUUAUGGACGUCACGACUUUAUACAUUGAUGCGUUAAUGCAUACCGCUCUUCGAAAAAUGUAUGCAGUCAAAAGUGGCGCUCCUAUCGAGUCGUCCCCUGUCCACAAAAUCCGGGCGAUAUUCGAUUCGGCCCUCGCGAAUCGGGCUUCCGACACCCACCCGGGCAUUCUUCAUCUCUGGAUCCAUUUUAUGGAAAUGUCCAAUAUCCCUGGAAUCACGCUUCCCGGAGCUGAUAGAUUGCGUCACCUUGUCCCGGACGCCGGGCAUAUUCACCAUAUGCCAACUCACAUCGACGUCCUCGUCGGCGACUACAGGCGUUCGAUUGAUUCUAACACCGCCGCUGUCAAUGCAGACGAGAAGUAUUUGGCAAAGAAUGGAGCCAAGAACUUCUACAGUUUCUAUCGGUUCCACAACUACCACUCUCUCAUCUACGCUGCAAUGUUGUGUGGGCAGCGCAGGAUCGCUCUUGAAGCCACCGAUCGGAUGGAAGCAUCUAUCACUGAUGAGCUUUUGCGAGUAGAAUCUCCACCACUAGCAGAUUGGAUGGAAUUUUUCAAGGCCGUCAGAGUCCACGUCUAUAUUCGCUUCGGAAUGUGGGAAGACAUAAAGAAUCUCCCAUUGCCUGAAGAUCAAUCCUUGUACUGCGUGACCACCACUAUGAUCCAUUAUGGUAAAGGUAUUGCCUUGGCUGCCAUGGGCGACCUUGAAAACGCAGACAAGGAGCGAGAGCUAUAUCGCGCGGCCGCAAAGACAAUCCCUCCCACUCGCAAGGACUACCCGAACCUGAUUUCCGACGUCCUGAAGGUUUCAGAUGCUAUGCUGGACGGCGAGAUCCAGUAUCGACAGGGUAAAUAUGAACAAGCAUUCGAGAGCCUGCGGAAGGCGAUCCAUUUCGAUGACUCGCUCAGAUACACCGAGCCCUGGGGCUGGAUGGUGCCUACGCGACAUGCAUAUGCUGCUUUGAUGUUGGAGCAAGGACAUGUGGAAGAGGCUGCUCAGGCGUAUGCUGAGGAUCUCGGAUUCGAUGACUCCCUUACUCGCGCCCAUCAGCAUCCUAACAAUGUCUGGGCAUUGCAUGGGUAUCACGAAUGCCUUGUGCGUCUGGGCCGUGAGCCUGAGGCGCACAUUAUCAAGCAGGCACUUGAUCUUGCUGUUAAGGUGGCUGAUGUCCCAAUCAAAACUUCUUGUUUCUGUCGUCUUGGGUCACUUGGACCUGACUUGGAAACUUGCUGUAAAUAA